UAUUUUUGGAGUCCAGUGAUGUGAAAACGUUUGGUUUCCGAACGUUUCAACAAAUUACACUGAAGUUUCAGCACUUGAACGUUUCUACUUCCGGUUCACUUAACGUAGCAACAUAUGUGUACUCACCCCGGACUUGCUGUUCUUUUCCUGUUCCCUUCUCCUAACCAAACGAGCUCCUGCAAAGCAUUCUCAUCGGACGUCACUGUAGAAGAUCUGCACUCUGAAAAGCACGAUCCUCACCACGUUGAAAUGGAGGAGGAGUCGAAGAUGCUGUAUUUCAAACAGGAAGCGGAGCCAGAGAACCCCAGCAUUAAAGAAGAAGAACAGGAAGACAAAAUCACCACAUUUCCAUUGAUUGUCAUUGUCAAGAGUGAAGAAAAUGAAGAUCCAAGCGAAGAGAGCGGAGCAGCGAAACCUUUGAGCGACAGCUCAUUUCAGCACCUGACAACAAAAGCAAAUGGAAGAUCGCAACCGGACGGCCUCUUAGCUCCGCUUUCGGACAGCGACGACGUAACAUCACACUCUUCUGACUUUAACACUGAUGAGGAGGAUGUUGACUUUGACCAAAAUGCUUCAAAAUCCUUAAACAAGUCAUCAUUGAAAAGAGGCACUCUAGAAUGCGCGGUUAGGAAACCUUUUACCUGCUCACUUUGUGAUAAAACGUUUUCUUGGAAACAUCACUUAAAAAUACACACGCGUACACACACCGGGGAGAAACCUUUUGUCUGCACAUUUUGUGGUAAAAGAUUCACCGAGAAGGGGAAUUUAAACAAACAUACACGCACACACACUGGAGAGAAGCCUUUUGCCUGCACGCUUUGCGAUAAAAGAUUUUCUGAGAACACCGAUUUAAAAAAGCAUAAACUUACACACACUGGAGAGAAGCCUUUUGCCUGCUCACUUUGUGGUAAAAGAUUCACCGAGAAGGGAAAUUUAAACAAACACACAAGCAGACACACUGGAGAGAAGCCUUUUGCCUGCACACUUUGCGAUAAAAGAUUUUCUCAGAAGAGAGAUUUAGAAAAGCAUACACGUACUCACACUGGAGAGAAGCCUUUUGCCUGCUCACUUUGUGGUAAAAGAUUCGCCGAGAAGGGAAAUUUAAACACGCAUACAAGCACACACACCGGAGAGAAGCCUUUCGCCUGCACUCUUUGCAACAAAAGAUUUUCUCAGAAGAUUAAUUUAGAAGGACAUGUUCAUACACACACUGGAGAAAAGCCUUUUCCCUGCUCAGUUUGUCACAAAAGAUUCCGUCAGAAGGGAAGUUUAGACAAACAUGCACGCACGCACACCGGAGAGAAACCUUUUGCCUGUUCAGAUUGUGGUAAAAGAUUUGCUCAGAAAGGAAAUUUAGUUGCACACGCAAAAAUCCACAGUGCAGGGUUCCCGCAGGUCCUUAAAAAGUCUUAAAAUGUCAGGAUAAUCAGGGUCUUAAAUUGCCUUAAAUUUAAUGGAAAAUUCAGUAGGUAUUAAAUUUACAGGCGAUGCGUUCAAUGCUAGGGAAAUCACUGUAGUCUGCUGUAAGACUUCUAAUGGGGUUUGUUUUAUUGAUGACCGUGCACUAAAUACAAGAGUUUGGGAUCAAUAUGUUAUAUGGUACGUUUUCUGCAACCUCGGCAUACGUCAGCAACUUGAGUUGUCACCAUAACGCAAUUUCUUGGUUAUUUGCGGUUGUAAAGGUGAGCGGGAAUAUGAAGAGAUGGGGAAGUGUGAAUUUAAUCGAAAAUGGAGGGAAGGUGGUUUAUUUUUGAAGUGGUUGGCCCCUGGUUAAAAUAACAACUGCCUGGUGCAAAGUAGGGAUAUGACAAUUUAGGCUGCAACAAAUAAUCGAUUAAUUCAAUAUCAAUUAAUAAAUUCAUUGCCAACUAAUUUGAUCAUUGAUUUUUGCCGGCAGCUCAGAGAGAUCAAGAGAGAGAGUGAGAAUUCACUGCUACAGUCAGGUUUAGUUGCUGAAUCAAUAAUCUUGACAGGGCUCUGGACUGCCCCUAAAUUGGGGCAUUUUGUGACUAAAAUUAGAGCCAGUGCGAGCAUUUUUUUCAUCUACUCGCACAUGCGCAACCAGUAACUUUUUUUUUUUUCUUAUGACAAACUCCUUCACGGUUAAAUCGACUGGUUCUUGGUAAAGUAAUGAGCUGGUUUGCCAAGGGACAAUCAGUGUUGUUCAUAACGGCAUUCGAGUAUAACGGCGUUACUAACGACGUUAUUCCUUUUCAGUAGUGAGUAAUCUAAUUAAUUACUUUUGUCAUCUUUGCAAAGCAGUUACCCUUACUGAGGAUGUAAAGGCGUGGUUUACUUUGAGUUACUACGUUGGUUGAAUGACGCCAGAAAAGUCUGCGGGACACGGAGAGAGAAGAGCGGGGGUGCGAGAGAGGGAGUUGCGACGCCAUUGCUAAAGGCGAUGCUAGGGUAGGUGGCUCCAAUAAUACCUGACUGUAGCUGACAGCCUACAAACUACGCCCACAUGAUGCUACGCUAGAUAUCACAUGUAUACGAACUAGAUGCAAAAUGAUACAUUUGCCAGCGUUGGUAAACAGCCGCCAUCUUAAAGAGAAGAGAACCUUCCUAGCGAACCUAAGUAACUUUUUAUCUAAAAUACUCCUAAAUCAGCAAAAUCUUGACUUGAAUCCAACUUUAAAUGAUGAAACAGUUUUAAAACUUUCACAUGUCGAAAGUAGACAGAUGGGAACUAAUGCAAUAACGGAAGCAAUUUUAACAACUAUAAUGGUUGAUUCACAACAUUAAAUGACUUCCAAACAUAGCAAAGGUUACUAUGUUUUGUUUUAUUUUGGAAUGAAAAAAAUAAGUGAAAGACCUAUUACUCUUACAUUCAGGUAACUGAGUUACUAACGCAAUUUCUUUUUGGCAGAAGUAAUUUGUAACUGUAAUUAAUUACUUUUUAAAAGUAAGAUUAACUACACUGGGGACAAUGCAACAGAAGUAAAGGACUUCCAGGCCACUUUCAAGAGCUUGAGAAGCUCCGCCUGCCUCAGCCACAUUUAUGUACACGUCCCCCUGGUCGUGUCCAGUUGUGGUUUGCGCUUCCAGGAAAUUUGCACGGCGCCACCCCAUGUUUGAUAUUUCCCAAGUGUUGAGUUCGCAACUACGCAACGAUUGUAACAUCCCAAGUAACGAUGCUCGACAGUGUCGUUUUCUCAAGGUUCAUUUCAAUCGCAACUCUGCGACUGCUUGUAAAAGCGGAGUGACCACGCUUUCUCUCCCUUGUGAUGCAUUCAAAUGCGUUCACAAAAGAAAUGGGGCUCAUUUUAAAAUAUGAUGAGUGUUUUGGCUCUCUCGGUCAAAAUGGUUCCCGACCCCUGACUUAAACCCAUGACUAUCUUAAGAUUCUGCUUUUCUAAAAACUUUUUUUUUCACAUAUAUGUUUUUUGUCAUGAAUGGGACACACCACAUCCAUGCUACAGCGGGGUCUCCCUCAAAAAAAAUUCCCAUGUUAACCUUAAUUUGUAAGCAGGAUACUAACUGAUGUCAAAAAUGAUAGAGAAUAAAAUAUAGAUUCAUAAGUUUGUAGUUUUAUGCAUUCAUUAUGAAAGUAUUUAUCUGUUAAACAAUGAAAACAAGAGGAAAACUUAGCAGUAUCGAUAUACAGUAUGCGCCCCUGAAUCUUCUGCUUCUGCCCCUAAAAUUUUAAGUUGGGGACCACCAAGAUGUUACUACUUAGCACAGAGUGCUAGGCUAGUUAGUGAUUAUGCUAAUCAGUGUCCAAAGUGUCUGUUUGUAUUGUGUUUUAGCUAAGCAAAUUAGCACUUGAGUUAUUGUUAGAUAGUAAAGUUUUUUUUUUUGUUUUUUUUGUUGUUGUUGUUGAGGAAACCACAUACAUGAACCCAUUCAUUUAAAAGCUUACAACACAAACUCCCAUUCAAACUGUAAAUUGUCAUAGAAGAGAGUGUGCUUUAAAAUUGGAUUUGGAUUGUAUUAAUGGACUGUUUGAUAAAGAAAACUGAUUCAUUACAGUCUGCCUCCUCUUUAUUCAAUUUUGUUUUGUUUGUUUAAAGGAAAUGAAUGAGUCAUUGACACAGUUUAUAUCAGCGCU